GCUCCUCAAAACACUUUUCGCAUGGGUUUUCUUGCCUCAUGUCUGUUGUCGUUUUGAAGAACGAGCUGCUGCUUCGUACCCUACCCCGCUGGGGGGCUAAGGCUGCAAGCAUACCACGUGCUCGCUGGACUUCUUUUCCUUGCUUUGCGGGGAGCCUCAAUCUAGCUAGAUGAGGUUAUGUUUUCUUCACGAGGCAUCGGCGGCACAAUUCCGCAUUCAGCCCGCUUAAAUCCAAGAUAACUCCCUCCUUCUCUCGCGUAGGUGUGCCUUUCUUCGAGAAGCUCUGCAGCACGAUGUAAGUGGGCGCAGCGUCGCCAUUCGCUCGUCUACGGCAACGCGAAUGCGGUUCCAGUUAUCCGCAUUGUUCCCGUUAUUCGCAUUUGAGCAUAAACGUUUUUGAUGUUUCUGGUCUUUCCCUUUCUUCAUGUGCUUCAAUUUUCUCCUCGUGGGGUGUGUCUAGGCACCCUGUAAAUGCGCCCUUCACUUCUACGGUUGCCACAGCGCGUCGCUCGCGCUAGAGUUUUUUUCAAUGAGCUGCAUGUAGACUAUGUUCUGAGUGUCUGCACUUUUCAUCGCACCGGUGAGGUCUGCCGCGUAGAUUUGCCGGCUUGAUCAACAGCGAACCCGCUUGCGAUGUUCGUAGCGUUCACUUCCAAGAGGAUUUCCUCUCACUCGUGAGGAAUUCGUGCCAAGGCAGUUUCUGAUCAGUUGCAUGAGAACGAUACAUUGUUUCUAUGUUAUGAGACAUCCGCAUCGUGAUGACUUAAUGCCUUAGACUAUUUGUGUGGCGAUACGGAGGCCUGCUUCUACAUCCCGGCAGAUCUAUGGACGCCUGCGCUCUCUUGUGUUCGACUGUACACGCCAGCAAAAGGAAUGAACGCUACCGCAUGGAAGCGUGUCUACUGCUGCUUUAAAGAGAAACGUGAUAUUUAGUUUCAUGGUAUCAUCCGCGCUCGACGUACCGACUUUUCGCCAUGUCUUUGACUUCAACAUCAGGGCUCAGUGUUUGGAGAAAAACGCGUGAUUGUGUUGGUGUCAAGACGUCGGGGCAAAUCCCAAAUUUUUCAACACAGUCUUGCAGUUCAUGCAAUUGCCCGCCGCAUAGACAGCUGCUAAGCCUUUUCUCCAGUGCGCAUUUUGCGCUGCUUUCUCGGAGAACCCAGAGGAAAGGCAAGCCCUCUCUCCCUCGUCUCGAGUUUCGCCCACUAGUCAGGACUCUUCGGAUCGUUGACGCAUUCGAAAAAUCGUGGAGUCCAGAAUGGAUGUCUUCUUCUUCUGCAGAGCCGCGGGGUUUUGCAAGGACCCGCCACUGGAGGAGUUCCAGCCGAAGUGGUGGCUUGACACAAACGGUAGCUCUGGCGAGGAGACAGCGUCGUCUGGGAAUACUCCGUCGGAGCGUCCUGUGCACCUCCCCACACAGACAGGAACGCCCGUCUCUUCGCUGGGUGCCGAAGAAGGCCUGGCAGCCGAUGGGUUGCCGCUGGCAUUGCAUGCCCAACUUCGGCACCUUCAGAGCAUUCAGCAGUUUCAUUUGUGGCGUUUGAAGGGGCUGGACGCUCAGCUGUGCAUGCUGAAGGCGGAGAAGUUGCGCCUCUCGCGUGAGGAAGGAAGCGGAUCUUCACCUGCAGAGAACCGAGGCCAGGGCACAGCAGCACCGACGGCCGCGUUUGCAGCUGGCGACGAACGGAAUGCUGAAAAGCGUCCUGCUGAAGCUCCUUCACAGUCUCUGUCGACAGUGGCGGACCCUGCAUCGCAGGAGGAGAGUCAGUCUUUGAGUGCGAAGGCACACGACAGAGAGACGGGUCUUCCGGAGACGCGCAAGAUGCACAACAUCGAGAAGAAACGCGGAAGUGGCGGAUCACCUCGUCUCGAGUUCCCAAGCGACGACCGAUCUGUUUCUGUCUCCACGACUCUGCCGUCGACUCCGGCAACAAACAUGUCUUCUUGCUCAGGAACCCCAGCGUCGUUUGCCUCCAGAAGCGUUUCGCGAGAGGCUGAGGGCCGACGGGGUCAGCACGGAGCUUCUGGCGUGUAUGGACCGCAAGAGGUCACUUUGUCUUUGACUGAUGAACAACUCAAACAGAAACACGCAGAAGAAGCCAGAGGGGGGCCUGGAGGGCGAGAGAGAACAAACAAGACAGAACCGACGGGAGAGGCCUGGGGCGUAACAUCAGAUAGUGAACAGCGACUUCGUGGUGUCCAAACGAAAAAGCUGUCGACACCGAUGGACCCGGCGGAGACGCGAACGCAUGCAGCGCCCGCGGUCUGUGGGGCGACAGACAUGUUAGGGACUGAGAAGGAGGGAGAAACGGAGGGAGAUGGCGGAAGAGAUAGAUGUCUGGGCGGGGAGAUCACGCAGAGCGAAUCGGUAGGGAAACGAGAAAUGGCUGAUCUCACGACCCACGUCACAGACGCCGGGGAGUUUUACAAAGAAGACGACGAAAAGGGGCUUUAAUAAAAACGGAGUUUUGUAGCGGAAGACACGGCCCAGCGACUCAGCAUGGGCGUUAGGAAGCGUGUCAUGUCUUCUGGAAGCGAGCGAUUCUUGAAACGUUGUUGAAACAACCGUUGUACGCACUCCAUGUUCGCUGUGAAAAGUGGAUCGGUGCCGUUGUCAGGCGACAACACAUUGUGGCAGUGUUCAGAGUUUACGCCAUCGUUCUGAAGAAACGUUUCUUGUAGACAAGGAGACAGUUGAAGAAACAAUUUCAACAGAAGACAGCUGAAAGUUGCCG